UUUUGCUUAGUUUCAUAAGUGCCGUGGGUUGCCGUUUUGUCGUUACGCGCAACCCUACUCCAUUUACGCGCAACCCUGCUCCAUUUACGCAUGGGGAAGUUAACGGGAGUUGUUGUGUUUUCUUCCUCUUGAGUGUGGUCAUCUUGGGGCACAUUCCUAUGAAAUAUGGCAGUGACAGUGAUGGUCUUACGGGCUUGUUUGCUAUUUCAGCUCGUGUGCGCAGCGGCGGGACAGAGCAGCAGGGAGAGGGUGUACUAUGUGGGGAUCGUGGAGGACUAUUGGGAUUAUGCGCCAAGGAAAAACCUGCUUAAUGGUCAGGAUAUCGACAGUGACGAGUCUGCAUCUAUAUUUCUCACAGCAGCUCCUGAUCGUAUAGGCAAAGUUUAUAAGAAGGCUAUGUACCGGGAGUUCACUGACGGCACAUUUAAACAGCUCGCUCCUCGUCCUCCAUGGCUGGGCUAUCUGGGUCCUGUACUGAGAGCUGAAGUGGGUGACAUGGUGGUGGUGAAUCUGAAGAACUUUGCAACAAUGAACUACUCAAUUCACCCGCAUGGAGUCUUCUAUGAGAAAGAUGCUGAAGGGGCAUUUUAUCCAGAUGGUUCUUCUGGAAGGUUGAAGGAAGAUGACAUGGUGCCCCCUGGAGGCAGUUACACCUAUCGCUGGGAGGUCAGACCUGAGUUUGCGCCUACAGACGAAGAUGCUAACUGCCUGACUUGGGUUUACCACUCUCACAUAGAUGCUCCCAAAGAAAUUAACUCAGGAUUGAUCGGAGCUCUUCUCACCUGUAAGAAAGGAAUCUUAAAAGAUGAUAUGUCCCGGAGUGAUGCCGACCAGGAUGUUAUUUUAAUGUUCCAUAUUGUGGAUGAAAAUAAUAGCUGGUACCUAAAGAACAACAUGCUCAAUCUAACUGAACCACCAGAUGUAAAGGAUGAAGACUUUAUUGAGUCCAACUUGAUGCAUGCCAUUAAUGGUUAUAUGUUUGGUAACUUGCCCACUAUCGAUUUGUGCCAGCACCGGACAGUGGCUUGGCAUCUUUUUGGAAUGGGCAAUGAGAAGGACAUCCACUCUGUCUUCUUCCAUGGAAACACAGUUCUGGACCGUGGACAUCGAACAGAUGUCCUCAGUCUGUUUCCUGCCACUUUUGCAGCAGCUGAGAUGGUCCCUAAGGCCAGAGGAAAGUGGCUUCUGGCUUGCCAGGUUAAUGACCACUUGCAGGCUGGAAUGCAAGCCUUUUACGAGGUGAAGUCCUGUGGCAGUGAUGUGAGCUCCACUCCAAGUAGUGGGGUGGUUCGCACGUACUACCUGGCUGCAGAAAAGGACGUCUGGGAUUAUGGACCCUCUGGAAAAGAUCUCAUCACUAAUGUCUCUUUGACUGAAUUUGAUAGUCACUCAGAGACUUUCUUUAGCAGAGAAGAUGGUAGAAUUGGUGGACAGUACAUUAAGGUGUUAUACAAAGAAUACACAGAUGACAGCUUUACCACUAAAAAAACACAUUCUCCUGAACACAGACAUCUGGGAAUUCUGGGUCCUGUUUUGAGAGCCGAAGAAGGAGACACACUUGAAAUUGUAUUUAAGAAUAUGGCUGAUAGAAACUACAGCAUCCAACCUCACGGACUCCACUAUAGCAAACGCUUUCAGGGUGCCAGCUACUUAGAUGGAGAAGACAAGCCUGGUUCUCAUGUUGGUCCAGGGGAGAGCUUCACUUACACUUGGCGGGUUUUGGAAGGUCCCUCAGUGUCAGACCCUUCAUGUAUCCCAUAUCUUUACUACUCUGCAACGGACCCACCCAAAGACAGCAACUCUGGGCUAGUGGGUCCUCUGCUUGUGUGCAAGAAAGGCUCCCUGACAGAAAAUGGAACAGCGAUGGGUGUGGACAAGGAGUUUUUUCUCUUUUCUGUUAUGGAUGAAAACUUGAGCUGGUAUUUGGAUGAAAAUAUUGAGCGUUAUGGCAACAGCGAGACUAAUCGUGAGGAUGAGGAUUUUCUAGAAAGCAAUCAAAUGCAUGCUGUCAAUGGACGGAUGUAUGGGAACCUGCCUGGCCUGGAGAUGUGCACUGGGGACCGGGUCAGGUGGUACACAUUUGGCCUGGGCACAGAGGUGGAUCUCCAUGGAGUUUAUUUUGAAGGGAACACUUUUAAGACACAGAGCACUAUUCGGGACACUUUGAACCUGUUUCCUCAUACUACCACAACUGUCGACAUGCAGCCAACCACCCCUGGUGUUUUUGAAGUGAGCUGCAGAGUAACUGACCACUACUCAGCUGGGAUGAGGCAGCAGUAUGAAGUCAAACAGUGCAGUGGACACACCUUCAAAACUGCUGAGAAUAAACAGAAGAAAACUGUGGAAUAUUUUAUCUCUGCAGAAGAAAUAGUGUGGGAUUACUCUCCAAAGAGACACUGGGAGCUGGAGAAACAUGGCACUGCAAAAAACAGUCCUGGUAAUACAUUUGUGGAACAAGGGACGAACACGAUUGGUUCACGCUACAAGAAGGUGGUUUACAGAGAGUACACUGAUGAGACUUUUAAGAUGAAGAAGGGCAGGUCCCCCAGCCAAAAGCACCUAGAAAUACUAGGCCCCAUUAUCAAAGCUGAGGUUGGAGACCAGCUGAUAAUUACAUUCAAGAAUAAAGCCAAAAGACCAUAUUCACUAACAGCACAGGGGAUAAGAUCAAGUGGGUCCCAUGUUCAUGUACAACCAGGGUAUGUACUUGAGAUGACCUGGGACAUUCCUCCAAGUGCUGGUCCUGGAGACUCUGAUCCUGAUUGUAUCACCUAUGCCUACUAUUCAACUGUAGAUUUUAUUAAGGACAUGUACAGUGGUCUCCUGGGACCCCUGGUGGUCUGUCGUCCCGGGACACUAACAUCAGACAGAAAGAUUGUGAAUGUGGACAAAGAAUUUGCACUUCUGUUUAUGGUUCAUGAUGAAAACCAAUCCUGGUACUUGGAUGAAAACAUCAAAACAUACAUGGGAAUUGACCCUGACCACGUCACCAAAGAUGCAGAUUUUGAGGAGAGCAACAAGAUGCAUGGGAUCAAUGGUAAAGUGUUUGGGAACCUCCAGGGCCUGGUGAUGACUGAGGGCCAGAGGGUGAACUGGUAUCUGCUGGGAAUGGGCAAUGAGGUGGACAUGCACACGGUCCACUUCCACGCUCAGACAUUCACAUACAGGACGGACCGUGUGCACCGUGCUGAUGUGUUUGAUCUCUUCCCGGGGACAUUUCAGACAAUAGAAAUGGUGGUUCAUAGCCCAGGCACAUGGCUACUGCACUGCCAUGUUACUGACCAUAUACACGCAGGCAUGGAGACCACCUAUACCAUUCAAAAGGUCUCCCCGUAUGCUUCUGGCACAGGAUGCAGUUUGGAUGCCUGUGUAACGCUACUGUUUGUGCUCGGACUCCUGAGUUUAUCCGUAUUUAAAUAAGGGAAUGCCACAAUUAGCGAUUAUUUAUGCACUUAGGCCCAAAGAGUCAAAGGGGCACAUGUUGCUUUUUUGGUUAUUACAAAUAUAUGUCUAUAAAGCCUGAAGAUGUUUUUAUUUUGUAUCUAUGAACUGCUGCUUUGGUUUUGUGCAUUGUAAUGUAUUUAUAUAAAAGAAAAUCCAAAAACAAAGAAGGCUAUUUGACUGAAUAUCAAAUUGCUGAGUGCAAGUGCAAUAAAAUUAGUUUUUGUGUUGUAGACUGACUUAAAACACUUUGUCCACACGGGGGCAUGAUUUUACACCCAAUUAGUCAGCGUAAUCAGACGCUCUAUAAUGGAUGUGCAUAAUGUAACAAUUCACCAGUUUUUAUAAUCAGCUGUCCUCAUUCUUCGACCACCAUGAACAAUCGUGGAGUAAAAAGUCAUUGCCUAAACAUGUAUCUAUUAAGCAACGUGCUGGAUCAAUAAAUGUUUCGAUACUGA